AUGCGACGGAGCGCAGCCGCGAUGAUGUGGCAUGGCGUCAUCUCCAGAGCGGGAAGAAGCGUCUCGUCCAUACUGUAUUGGUAUUGGACGUUGCGUUUGAUGACUGCGUGGCGGACUUUGAAUGAAACCAUUCAAAAUCUAAUACUCAUUGUAAUCGACAGUAUUGGUGCAGCACUUGCAUUUACAGCUUGGGAAUAUUCCGAAGGAGGUCGAAGAAUUCAGGAUGAAAUUAUCACAAUGCUUCAUUAUAUAGCACAUCAUUGUGGUUGUGCUAUAGUAACAACAAAUCAUUUUGUUUACUGGCGUGGUGAUCCAUCACCAUCACUUGGUAAGCGUUGGAUCAAAGCUGUUGAUUUCAGAUAUUUAUUAUGGAAAUUAUCAGCUUCCAAUUAUUAUAUGCAAAGGAUUAAUCCAAAAUGUCACAAGGUAGUCAACGACAGAGUGUUUUAUAAAAUUUCGAAUAAAGGCAUCGAUUCAAUCACCGAUGUUGUACAUACGCAAGAUAUGGAAGCAGUGAUUACGCAAAAUUGGAAUACUAUCCACCAAAUUUAUGCACACAAUAAUAUUCAUUAG